AUGACAUCCGAUAAUCAAGAAGAUGGGAAUGCCAUCGAAGCUCAGGUUCAACUUUUGCAGAACACCAUAGCACAAUGGUGGAACAGGGUCCAAUCAACAGAACUGGAACAGUUAGGUAGUUCUGAUGUCACGAUUCUAGGCAACCGAUUCCCCUUGGAAGAAAUUUACCCAGUCAUAAAUUCAAGAUUAUGGUUCACGUACCGAGCAGGGUUUGAGCCCAUACAAAAAGCGGAAGAUGGGCCUAGUCCGUUGGCGUUUUUGAAGUCCAUGAUCUUCAAUGUGAGGCCGAGUAUGGCUUUGGGAGGCUUAUUCGAUAACCAAAAUUACUCUACUGAUGUAGGGUGGGGCUGUAUGAUCCGAACUUCCCAGUCUUUAUUGGCAAAUGCUCUCCAAAUGUUGAUCCUAGGAAGAGACCACCAAAGUCCCCAAGCAAUCCAAAGUGCUCCGGAAAAAGUUGAAAAAAUAAUUCAGUUAUUUGGGGACGAUUACACCUGUCCCUUUUCAUUGCACAACUUCAUCAAGGUUGCAUCGGCUCUGCCAUUAAAAGUUAAACCCGGUGAAUGGUUUGGCCCAAGUGCUGCAUCUUUGUCUAUCAAAAGGCUUUGCGCCAAAUUCGAAUCAAAUGAGAUACCGAACAUCAAUGUGUCCAUAUGCGAGAGUUGCAACUUGUAUGAUGAGGAGAUCAGGGGGAUUUUUGAGGAGAGCGAAUCUCCUCUUUUGAUAUUGUUCCCUCUUCGACUCGGUAUCGACAAAAUCAACUCUAUCUAUUAUCCCAGUCUCUUGCAAUUGCUCGCUUUAAAACAGUCUGUGGGAAUUGCCGGUGGGAAACCUUCUUCCAGUUACUACUUCUUUGGAUUCCAGGGCUCGAAUCUUCUUUACCUAGAUCCUCACAAUUUACAGGCAGCUUCAUCAGACCCCGGAACAUACCACACAAGCAAGUUCCAAACAUUAUCAAUUUCAAAUCUUGAUCCCCUCAAUGCUUGCUGGAGUGUUAAUCAAAUGACUUACGAUGACUACCUUUGA